GCGGCCGCCCCGCCGGAGCGUGCGCACUGGGGCUCCAGCGGCAGCCUCGGCUCCCGGCUCUGCUACUCGGAAGAUGGCGGACCGUCCCGGCGCCAGCGGUAGCACAUCCCUGAGAGGGCUGCGGGAACAGAUGGUUGCUGCUGCUCAUGCCAUUGCUGAAGAAAGACGCAAUCAGAGUAGCAGUCGCUGUCUUCCACCCCAAUCCUCAAAUAUAAGAUCAGCAUUUAAACCAGUAAUAGAUGGAUCUAUGCUUAAAAGUGAUGUAAAACAAAGAUUAGCCAAGGAGCGCAGGGAAGAGAGAAAGAGACAACAAGAUGCUAAUAAAGAAAUACAACUACUUGAAAAAGAAAGAAAGUCCAAGAUCCAGUUUGAAAAACAGAUGGAAGAAAAACAACGAAAGCUAAAAGAACAAAAAGAAAAGGAUGAACAGCGGAGAAUAUCUGCAGAAGAGAAAAGAAAACAGAAAUUACGGGAAGAAAGGGAGAGAUUCACAGCUGUUCUUUACCGUUCAUUGGAACGGAGCAACCGUGUUGAUCAUCGUCAAAAAAGAUGGUCAUGGGAAGGCUCAACGACAGUAAAUUUGGAGAGUAAAACUGCCAAUAAGCGUUCUAUAUCUACUGAAAAACUUGAACAAGAGACUUCUGGCAGACACAAACAAAUGUCUGUGUCAUCUACAGGUCUCCAAAAUUCCAUUGCCAACAAAAAAACAGAAAGGAGAAGCUCAUCUUUGAAUAGAAGGUGUAGCAAACUGCAUUCAUCUACAGAAACAGAACAAAUAGAAGAAAAACCAGCUGCUCGUUACCCGCAUACCAGUCUUCGGGAGAAUAAUUUAAUCACUCGCCUGCUCGUCCCCACAAAAGCUUCAAUAGCGAGGAGCAAAAGUGCUGCUUCAUUAUCAGUCCCUGGAAAAGAUACUUCAGGCAUUAAUACUUUAAUCCAGUGUACAAACAUGCCCUUGUGUAGCCAUAGCAGUGAUGAACUGAAGAAAACCACAGUACUUCGCAAGUCAGUAGUGCUUCCCCAGGAGAAAAUAGAAACAGCCCCCAAGGUGAGCUUGGAAGCACCCCCCAAGGAGAACAUGGAGGCGCCCCCUGAGGAGAACAUGGAAGUGCCCCCUGAGGCAAUCAUGGAAGCACCCCCCAAGGCGAGCGAGGAAGCACCCCCUGAGGAGAAUGUGGAAGCGCUUCCUGAGACGAGCGUGGAAGAGUGCCCCAAAGUGAGUACAGACACCACCACCCCCAAGACAAAUGUGGCGGUGCUCACCAAGAGCAUGGAAACAUCACCGGAGGUGAGCGCAGAUCCAUCCCCUGAAGUGAGCAUGGACAGGUCCCAUGAGGUGAGCGUGGACCCAUCCCCUGAGGUGAGCAUGGACUCUUCCCUCGAGAUAAGCAUGGAAAUGUCAUCUGAGGCAAGCAUGGAAGCAUCCCCAGAGGCUAGUGUGGAAGUGUUCCCCAAGGCUAGCAUGGAAGCUCUCCCCAAGGAGAGGUUGGAAGUGUCCCCUAAAACGAGCACGUCUGAGGCAUCCCCUGAGGUGAGCGUGGACACAUCUUCCAAGGUGAAAAUGAGAGACUCUCCACAGAAAUCAGAAAUGGACAAACAGGCCUCAAACCCUGUUAGCAAGAAGCGUCCAUCGUCACACAUACCAUGUUACAAAUGGCCAUCUCCUCCUGCAAGUGGGUGGCGUCCGCCCUCUCCCAUCAGUGCUAAUAACAGGCAAACCCAAAAGAAUCGUCCCCCAUCACCUUCACCUGUCACGUCAAAACAGUCAGCACAUUCUUCUCUCCCCUAUAAAAUAAUUCCUGUUCAGCGUACCGUAUUUGCACAAAAUGCAUUGGGUAGUAUUGGGAAGAAAAGAGAAGCAGUUCCUAAGACCACUAAUAGCUCUGUGGCCGUAAGCCAAAAGCACGUGAUCUCUGAAGGGUCUGGUAAUAAAAGCACACCAGGGUCUAUGAAUGCUGAGGAGGCAACAAAAAUUUUGGCAGAAAAACGACGCCUUGCUCGUGAACAAAGGGAAAAAGAAGAAAGACUACAAAAAGAAACAGAACAAGGGGAAGUGAAAGACAUGGCAAAGAAAGCAGUUGAAGGCCAAGAAGAAGAGUUCUUGAAAUCUGAAGAUGGGCAAGGACAAAAGGAGGUAAAACCGAAGAAAGAAUAUCAGGAUCAGGAAGACCAGAAAGUGCUACUACAGAAAGAGGACACCAGCUUAAAAGCUCAGGAGGAGGCCGACAAACGCAAGAAGGAACAUGAGAGAAUUAUGUUACAGAACUUGAAGGAGAGAUUAGAAAGAAAAAAGAGAAUUGAGGAAAUUAUGAAGCGGACAAGAAAGACAGAUUCGAAUGCUUCAAAGGCUGUAGAAACAUCUGUUAACAACAUAUACGAGGAGGACGAGGCAGAUGACGAGGACGAGUCAGAAAGUGACGAGGAGUCCUCCGAGGCCAAGCAUCCAUCCGCCUUAAACAAUGGUGUGGAUUCAUCCAUAGAACUCAAAACACAUUUUAAAAAUGUGAAGAACACCCCUAACCUGAUGUUUUUAGAUGCCACUUCUGGCCAAGACCAUAAAGAGACAAAAACAUUUUUUAAUGGUGACAUGAAAACGUUCAGACAGAGAAGUGUGAAAGACCCACUGACUCAGGCAAAGUGUACCAGACCCUCCACCAAGAGAUCGGCCAGCCGAGCAGCAAAAACCAGAAAGGCAGAUGAAGCCAGCAACUCUGUGGGACCUUCCAGGAGUUUAUACUCAGAGGCAGAGGAGUGGCUCUGUGACAGGAUUAUUGGCAUCGGAGGUGAGACAGAGUCACUUAUGUCCAGUGUCCUUCCUGAUAGCCCAGAACACCAUUUGGAAGAGUCUAUAACAUUCCACCCAAGUUCCCAGAUACCUUUAGAUGACAAGGAAGAAGACAAAUGUGUUCUCGCUGCAUCAGAUAUAUAACCUCGUGCAGCCUGGAAGAGAAUUCAUUCUCUACUCUGGAGUUCAACGUCCAGGUCAAUCUCCCAAAAUUUCUCUGCCUCCAACUUGAACCUGGCAAACAAAAUGACCAUCAAAAAAUGGGAAAACAUCAAAAGUCACCUUAAUGCAUCUCAGAAGAUGCUCUUAUCAUCCUGAAUCUUGCCCACAAGCAAGAGUCCUUAGUAAAGAGUCAUUUUUGUUUUCCUGUAAAGAA